AUGAUAGAGCUGAAAUUGAUGGUACAAUACACUCUAAGAAAUCAAAUAGGAAAGUCCAGCAACCAGUUUUCAUGCACUCCUGAAGUAAUAGACAGAUAUGUUCGAAGCGUCUUUGAUUUGCCAUCAAAAACGUAUGAUGAACUGUGCACCCAGGCUUGUCAAGCUGAACCACCCAUCGUUGUAUUGAACGUUUCAGUGAUAGAAGCUAAAAACCUCGAGGCAAAAGAUUUAAAUGGAUUUAGUGAUCCAUAUUGUAUUUUGGGAAUCGUAUUCGGUCGUUAUUUUGGACAAAACGAAAAGUCAACCGUUUCAGAUGCUUCUGUCAAUAGUUCAACCACGAUGACAGGUCAGAAUGAUACAGAUAAUAUACACGCAUCGAGUUCCAUUCCUGUAUCAGGGAGAAAGGGAAUAGAUAAUAGUCAUAUGACACUUUCCCGUUCAUCUUUCCGACGUUUCGGUCGGUCAUUUCGUAAGCAUACAAAUAUGAGUGAUAAGGGACAAAAUGUUCACAGUGAUUUGCAAAAGAUUUCUGGUUCUAAUUGGUCAAAAUCUGUGGCGAAUAAAGAAGGAAAUGUCCCAAUCGGUGUGAUGAAAUCAACUCAAGUCAAAGAACAAACAUUGAAUCCUGUAUGGAAUGAAACAUUUCGACUCUCGUUACCAAUAGAUACGCUUGUCAACGAAGGUAUUAUCUUAUGGAAACCACCCAUCGUUGUAUUGAACGUUUCAGUGAUAGAAGCUAAAAACCUGGAGGCAAAAGAUUUAAAUGGAUUUAGUGAUCCAUAUUGUAUUUUGGGAAUCGUAUUCGGUCGUUAUUUUGGACAAAAUGAAAAAUCAACAGUUUCAGAUGCUUCUGUCAAUAGUUCAACCACGGUGACAGGUCAGAAUGAUACAGAUAAUAUACACGCAUCGAGUUCCAUUCCUGUAUCAGGGAGAAAGGGAAUAGAUAAUAGUCAUAUGACACUUUCCCGUUCAUCUUUCCGACGUUUCGGUCGGUCAUUUCGUAAGCAUACAAAUAUGAGUGAUAAGGGACAAAAUGUCCACAGUGAUUUGCAAAAGAUUUCUGGUUCUAAUUGGUCAAAAUCUGUGGCAAAUAAAGAAGGAAAUGUUCCAAUCGGUGUGAUGAAGUCAACUCAAGUCAAAGAACAAACACUGAAUCCUGUAUGGAAUGAAACAUUUCGACUAGAAAUAGAUGAUGUCUCAAUCGACAAACUACAUUUGGAUAUAUGGGAUCAUGAUGAAGAAACAAGUGUUUUAGAAGCAGUUCGCAGUUUGAAUGAAAUUCGAGGCGUAAAGCAACUAGGCCGUUACUUUAAGCAAGUCAGUCAGUCUGCACGUAAAAAUCAAACUGGUGAUAUGGACGACUUUUUGGGUUGUAUAACAAUAGAUAUAAAGGAUAUACCAUCCACAGGUUAUGAUCGUUGGUUCAAAUUAGAGGGUCGGUCGAAUCGUUCAAGAGUUCAAGGUGAAAUUCAUUUGGCACUUAGUUUAAGUGCACAAUCGGAUGUGAGUGAAUUUGAAAGUGAUAAGACCGUUGGAAUCCAAGAACACAUUCAAUUAUAUUAUUUAUUCAUGCUUCAUCAAAUAAAGCAGGAAAAUACUACUGGAAUUUCAUGGGAUGGUAAUAUAGCUGAUGAAGGCGAAAUAAUUCUCCACCAGCAUGCUAUUCAGAAUGGACUGUCAGAAAUUCAAGUUUCAAUGAGUCAGUGGAUUGCACUAACGCGUUUAAACUGUUCCACGUCUAUCAAUCAAGUUAUACUUUUACACACGUUCAAACGUUUAUUAUCUUUAUGGUCAGACAAGUCACUAACCAGAGAAGAGCUAAAUUAUCUGUCAGACUCAUUCAAAACAUUUACUGAACAUUCUCUGGUUUUAAUGUGUCGUUCACACCUAGUCUUCCAUAAUAUUCAGUCUGAAAAGCUAUUGGAUCUCAACCAUCUACUUGAGUGUUUAUGUAUGUUGCAUAACUCACGCCUGUUUCAGUUCAGUUCGCCCUUUUCAAAUUCCCUGCAGAAACAAUUCAUGACAUCAUUUAAGGAAUUCGUUCUCACACGUUAUGAAAAUCACAAGAUUGCAGCUAUGGGAAGAAAUGACAAAUUAGAAUUGGAACCUCAUGAAAUAACACAAUUGAUAAUGUUAAUGAAGUUAAUGAUCAAAGAUUUACAACAAUGUAGGGAAGUUUAUUUGCCAAUCAUCAAAACACACCUCGAUCUCAACGCCUUCACAUAUAUGUAUAAAUUCUAUGCGCAUUCAUUACAUCAAGAUUACAUAAGGACAGAUGUUCUACAGUAUCUCACACAGCCAGUCACCAGUCAAGAAUCCGGAACAAAAUGCACUUUAUCCAAUAGGAAGCAAUCUUCAGGAAAGACAAUGGAUUUGAAAAUGUUGUUUGUUCUUUACUUACUACUUAAAAAAUUCGAAAACAUGUUGGAUAUUACAACGGAAAUGAAGGAACAAAAGAAAUCAAGGAAUUUCGAUUGGUAUACAUGGUUUAAACCGGUGCUUUCAUACUGGAUUCAGCAGAAUAAUUUCCAGCUCUCGGCCAGUAUCGAUAAUGAUAUUCAGAAUGACCAGCUUACUGCGAGUAAUGAAAUACUGGUGAAUUUUCUACCUGAAGAAAUUGAAAAAGAGAAAUCUUUCGGUCUACACUCAUUAUCGAGUAUAAGGACAGCGAAUAAUUUGACAGGCGUAAUGCGUACAUGGAUGUUGAUUGAUUGGCCAGAUGAACAGACGAAGCAUAAUUUCACUAUAGAAAUUGUCAGAGUUACUUGUGAAAGUGCAUUGACGUACGCGAGACAGUUACACGAAAAACUACGUUUACAAGGAUACUGUGAUGAAGAAGGUCAAUUCGACAUUUCAAACUCGCUUUCUGUUGGCCUAAACAAUCUUGAACUAAUCUCGAAAUUAGUCCAGUGGAGUUUGCUAUUUCUAAAUAUACAAACCCCAUGGUCGCGAAAAGACUCUAAAGGGAAGAAUAAUAAUAAUACAUCACCAGCAACUCUUACUACUUUCAAUGUUGACAGUAGUAUAACUUCUCAAAGUAAAAACAAUAAUGUGACCAGUGAUGCUACGGUUGAAAAAUGUAAAUCCACGGAUGAUGAAGAAAUGAAAAUUUCCUACCAGAAAUUGGAAACACUGAAACGCCUUCAACACAAUGGUUACAGUGAACUUAUUCGAGUAUUGAAUCGCACAAUUUAUCGCAUGAACGCCAAGAUGAGACCGGAAAUACGAAAAAAUGUCUUUCAUCUGUGUUGGAGCCUGCGAUCGACUCCAGUUGACAAGGCUAUGCACGAGUUAGUUGUUUACUUGGAAUCGAAUAUAAAAACAUUAAAAAAUAAUGUCUCGAGUAAUCUGUUGCAACGUUGUUUACUGUCUAUAUGGCAUGAGUGUUUAGAACAAUAUAUUGAACAGACAGUUAAAGAGGCUGAGAUUGGAUCGAAUAGUGUUGGUGGUCCUGGAGCCUAUUUACAGUUAAAGCCAAAUUUUAAUACACUAGAAAAUUGUUCAACUGUUAUCCCGUUGUCUACACAUGAAAUGCAUGAAAUUGUGCCCAAUUUACCAGUGGAUAUUGAUAAAAAUCAAGUGUUUCGAGCGAAAUCAACUUUAGAAAGAUUGAAAAAGUCACUAGGCAUCUUACUUGAUUUUUUCUAUAAAAAUAGUGAUGAUCAAAUAACUAAAGGAGAUCUAGAAACAGAAGAGUACCAUAAUGUUCACUAUUUAAUUCAGUUAUAUAACAGCAGCACCCCGGAGGUUGUUGAACAAUAUUUUAUUGAAAAACUUCAAGAGCAAGAAUUAGCCUGUUCCUCAUCAUAUGGUAAACUGACAGUUAAAGUUAGCUAUCAGCGCUCAACAUUACAUGUAGACAUACAACGAGCUAAGAAUCUUGUACCGCUUGACUCCAAUGGUUUAUCGGAUCCAUUCAUAAUUAUUGAACUAUUACCUAAACAUUUGUUUUCUGAGACUCCAAAAUCCUCGAGAACAAAGAUUGUCAAGAACACAGUUGAUCCUGUGUUUGAUGAACAUUUUGAAUUUUCUGUUACACCUGAAGAAUUACAGCAUCCAGCUGCUUGUCUAGCAUUUACUGUUAUGGAUCAUGAUCUGAUAAUGUCAAAUGAUUUUGAAGGGUGUGUUUUUAUUCGGCCGUCAGUAACUGUGAAAACACAAGCUGAGAAAGAAGCAAGUCCAGAGAAUGCAAAACUUGUCUUCUCAACUACCCGAUCUCAGAAUCCAUCUCCUAGUGAAUAUAAACAACAGCAGAUAUGUUUACCGUUAAUACAUCCAAUUAGUAAAAAGAAUGGUGCAUUGGAUGUUUUGGGUCAACGUUCGGAUACCUAUGCCCAGGAAAUUUACAAACGUUGGAAAACUAUAGAAGACAGUGAAUUAAACCAAUAA